UAUUAUUCUUAUACAAAAUCUCUUCUUCUUCUCACCUUCAAGGUUUUUUGUAUAUUUCUGACUUUGGAAAGUAAUUUGGCAGCAAAAAUGUUGUUCUUUUUUGAUAAAAUAUGAAAUCAAAUGUAGGAUUAGUGGAAAGGAGAUAUCCUGAAAUUGUUCAAUUUUUCGCUACUUGGAUAGGAAAUAGUGAAAGUAUUAAUGAUAAGUUAUGUGGCUUUUAUAUGUUUACGCUUCUAAUGCAUAUUUUAAUAUGCCCCCUAUUGCGGGCAGCAAUCAAACAGCGCUAAGUAAAAUUGAUAUCUUUAAUCAAAUAAUAAAAUUAAAUGAAGUAUAUAAAAGUUAAAUGAACGGCGAAAGAGUUUGAUAUGCACCGUUGAACAAAAUCUAUGAAAAAAAACUAUCGAAAAAAAAAAAUGCGCUUAUGUAAAAAUACCUGCACAUACAAAUAAAUAAUCGUAAUUUACGUAAUUCUAAUUGCAAAAUGUUUUAAUCCAAAUUAUAUGGUACGAGUAUGUAAUGCGCAUUGUGUAACAUACGUAACGAAAGUCAUUGCUCUGGGAAACUAUACAAUAUUUGGAAACAUUUAUUCGAAUGAAGGAAAGUUAGCAGCAACCGUCAUCGUCGUCUAUACACUUCCAUUACAAAACAUAAAAAUUACGAAAUAUACAACGUAUAUACGUAGAAUAUAUUCGAGCAAUUUAUUUAAUCGAACACGUUACCAUUUGAUAUAAUUAGUUGGUAAUAUAUUUGUCUAAAUGAUAAGGCACUUGGCGCGCGAGGUGGCUUGAAUUUGUAUCUUCCUAGACACAAAAGUUGAGAAUCCCUGAGGAGUGCACUCACGCGCGUGACGAAAUUAUGACCGCUUCUACGUUACUUCGAAAGGUGUAACUAUGUGUAUGUGUAUGUAUAAUCUAUGUGUAUUUGUAAUCGAACAUAUAGAGAGAAGGUUACAGACAAAAGCGUUAGUCCUUUUAUCGGUAAUAGCAACGAUCGAAGCUUUACCAAUUGCGAAUGUUCACGUGAAAUUCAUUUCGAGACCUCACGUAUACGAACAUGGUAUUACGACAGACGGAGAUCGUACGAUUUAUCAAAAAUCUUUUGUUUCAAUUGGACGAAGAAGUAUUUCUUCGAAUCCACAAAGACAAUUUGGAGAACGUAUAAAUAUUGAUCCAAAUUUACAACAACAAAAUUUCCCCGAAAUCGGAAAAUAUGCGACAAUAAUAAAACCGGAGAAUGCUGAGUCGUUAUGGCCAGUUGGAGUAUUUCUUCCUCCCAUAGACGGGAAUGAUCUUGGCCAUGGUUCUCAACAAUCUAGACAUAUGACGCCGGAUUACAGUAACGGUUUAGAAUAUCACGAUCCUUUGCUUCUAAUUGGUCCCGAGGCAAUGAUGGCAGUGAAAUACCUUUAUGGCCGCGGUGAAUUAUUUUACGACGAUUUUCCACACGUACGUGCUAUAUUACGAAAUCAAGAAGAGAGAAGAUUAAAUGGCUUACACGGUCAUAUUUUAAACAGUCUAAGACCUAGCUCGCCUUUCUACAAAAGGCACCAGGGCUAAGAACUUGUGCAUUAGAAUUUGUUUGUUGGAUGAAAAGUUAAUAGCCAUAUUUAUACGAAUUUAUAUAGAGCAAAGAAACAAAAAAAUAUCGUUCAAAGUCAAUAUUUAAUUUUCAAACAUCACGACACAAUCUCAUGUGAGACACAUUUUAUCUUAAAUUAAACUAACAAUAAAAUGAUAUUAAUCUAUAAUAAAAUCUAGAUGAACACAUAGUCAUAUACUUACAAUGAAAUAAAUUAGAAAUAUUUUAGAAAUCAGUGAUAUUAUGUUAUUUGUUUUUUAUGUUGUUGUUAGUUUGACGCGCGGCUUCUUUAAUAAGAGUAGUUCAUAUUAUUUGUUGUCUACAUCUUAUAUUUGUAUUACAUUUCAAAUAAUAUCUCAUUAAUUACGGAACAGUUUAAUUCACAAUUCAAGUGUAAAGAAGAAAUAAAAUAAACAAUUGCGAAACAAGGGAAAAUGAUUUAAUUCCAUCGAUGUUAUUUGAUUGAAAGCAUUCUCAAGAUUACCUGUUCCGUAACGUUAGAUUUAUUCGUAUGUCGUGAUGUUGAUUUUCGUGACGAACUUGACAAAAUUACAAGAUCCAUCUAACGG